AUGGCAAAUGCACCAGGAGCCAUUGGCUCAAUAGAAUCGUCGUCAAUUGGUUUCUCUGGCUAUCGUCCAGCCGGUGCAACAAUUCAACCGUCAACUGCCUCAACACAUACUGGUGUAGCCCCAGCAUUUGGUGCAUCGCCGUAUUUGCCCACACCAUUUCCAAACAGCUAUCAAACUACGCCGGAUUUUCCAAGCUAUGUAGCCAAUGGACCAUCUGCAACCGGCUGGUAUGGUACACCAGAUUCUCGAUUUAAUACAUAUGAAGAUGCUGUGAAAAAGUUUCAAAUUUAG